GUCCGAUGUGGCUCGGUAGUCGUAAACGACCGACAUGGCGGCGCCGAAUAGGAAGCAGCUGUUGAGGUUUCUUAGCCAGUUUGGUGCUUUUAUUUUGACCCGCUUUGGAUUCUGGAACUGCUUCUGUAUGCUCAUGCUGUUUGCUGAACGAGCCGACUCCAAAAGGAAGCCAGACAUCCCCGUGCCGUACCUGUAUGUGGACAUGGGGGCGGCGGUACUCUGCGCCAGCUUCAUGUCGUUUGGAGUGAAGAGGCGUUGGUUCGCCAUGGCCGCCGCCGUCCAGGCUGCGGUCAGCACAUACGCAUCCUACGUCGGGCAGCAGGUGCACUACGGCGACUGGCUCAAGGUGCGCAUGUACUCCCGAGCGCUCGCCAUCGUCGGGGGCUUCCUGGUUAUGGCCAGUGGGGCGGGAGAGGUUUACCGGCGGAAAGCUCGCAGCAGGUCCCUGCAGUCCACCGGACAAAUCUUCCUGGGAGUCUAUCUCAUCUGUGUGGCGUACUCGUUGCAGCACAGCAAAGAGGACCGCCUGGCCUACUUGAACCACCUACCAGGCGGCGAUGUGGCGCUGACGCUGCUGGCUGCGGCAUUGGGCGCGCUGGCUGUGGCCUUCCUGUCCGGGCGCUACGUGUGCACAGCGGCACAAAUCCUCGCCACGGCCCUGCCGCUGGUCGUGCUGCUCAUCGACGGCAACCUGGCCUACUGGCACCACACGCGCAAGGUGGAAUUCUGGAACCAGAUGAAGCUCAUCGGGCACAACGUGGGAAUCUUCGGCGCGGUGCUCAUCCUGGCGACGGAUGCCUAGGAGAUCAUCCG